AUGUCUCGAUUUACUAAUCGCAUUCAGCGUUGUUACUCGUGUCGAUGGAGGUUAUGUUAUAUUUGUGCAAUAGCUUCUCUUGUUGUGCAAACAUUAAGAGUCGAUAUAAGUAUGGCGUUUGUUUGUAUGUUGAAAACCCCGAAUCGUACGAGCGAAGAAGUUAACGUUACUACAGACAACCAACAUUGUUCCGGAUUCGAUAACCGUUCAAUGAUCGAAAAAUAUGAAGGAGAGUUUGAAUGGAGCGACACGUUACAAUCGAACAUACUGGCUGGAUACUUCUAUGGAUAUAUAGCAACUAAUUAUUUGGGUGGUUUAUUGGCCGAUAAAUAUGGUGCGAAAAGAGUUGUCGGAGGUUCAAUACUCUCAGCAUCCAUUCUGACCAUUCUUCAUCCAAGUUUGUCGCGAAUUAGUGGUUACUUGACCCUCGUUCUAAGGAUAUUAACAGGUAUGGCAUCAGGACCAAUAUACCCGGCGUUUCAAUCCUUAUAUGGACGUUGGGCGCCUCCACAAGAAAUUGGUUCGUUGGUUGGGCUUACUUUUGCUGGUCUGUAUUUAGGUAAUAUUGUAGGACUUUCAAUAUCAGGUUAUCUUUGUCUUUAUGGAUUUGACAAUGGAUGGGGUUCUAUAUUUUAUAUAUUUGGUGGAUUAUCUGGUGGUGUUCUUGUCAACAACAAUGAUAUUGCUCCAAGUUAUGCUGGUAUUAUAUUUGGAAUUGCAAAUACAAUCGCAGCAACCUCGGGAAGUAUUUCUCCCUUAUCUGCAAAAGCUCUCACCCCAAACGGUACACAAGAAGAAUGGCAGAUCGUGUUUGCCUUAAAUGCUACUGUAUGUGUAGUUUGCACAAUAUUAUAUGCAAUAUUAGCCACAGGAGAAAUUCAAGAUUGGGCGAUUUCGGAAGACUCUGGAUCACCUGUUCACCUUGACGACAUGAACACAAAUAAAUCAGCUUAA